AUCAAUUGGGCAUUGAAAGUCCCGUACUGAAACCAAAUAAUGCGCUUCUAAUUCAAGAGGAUGGCUAAUAGUUUGUUGAGAUUUGACGCUCACAGCAUUUUAAAUUCAUUUGGACAUAGUACGACGUCGCUGUUCUAGGUAAAUAAUUCUUCUAGUUGGACUGUUCUGUUAUGAACCCCUUAUCACAGCAACAUAGUGUAGCUAGUAUUGGAAGCUUGUUGGGCAAUUUGCCUUUACAAGGAGAUUCAAGUUUACAACAAAAAACUCCACUUAUUUCUGGGGGUUCAGUCAAUCUUAACUUACAUGCGUCUGACAAUGCCGCCAGUAUUCCAGGCAGAACACCUUGUACUCCGCUCACUUUAUCUACUCCGUUGCAAGACCGAGAUGGUGCAAUCCCGGUACCCCAAUUACAGAAUAUUGUAUGUACCGUAUAUUUAGGAUGUAAAUUAAAUUUGAAGAAUAUAGCACUUAGUGCUCGAAAUGCUGAAUAUAAUCCAAAACGUUUUGCUGCCGUUAUAAUGCGUAUACGUGAACCUCGAACAACUGCUUUGAUUUUUUCUUCUGGUAAAAUGGUGUGUACAGGUGCAAAAAGUGAAGAGCAAGCAAGACUAGCUGCAAGAAAAUAUGCUCGUAUUAUUCAAAGGCUUGGAUUUGAAGCUCAUUUCAAAGAGUUCAAAAUUCAAAAUAUGGUUGGUUCAUGUGAUGUCCGCUUUCAUAUACGUCUUGAAGGUUUAGUAUUGUCACAAGGUCAAUUUGCAACAUAUGAGCCAGAAUUAUUCCCUGGGUUAAUUUAUCGUAUGACUAAACCAAAAAUAGUCUUAUUAGUCUUUGUUUCUGGGAAGAUUGUUUUAACAGGAGCAAAGGUUCGUGAAGAAAUUUAUGAAGCUUUUAAUAACAUUUAUCCAAUUUUGAAAAAUUUUAAAAAAUUUGACAAAGAUCCUAGAGCUCUUACAUCAUCAUCAUCAUCAAAUUAUAUGCAUCCAUUAACUUGAACUAAAUAUAAAAAUGAUCAGUUGUUCUUCGCCAGGAUGUUUGUUUGUUUUUUUCUUACUGUCUUUCUUACUAAGAUUUAAAGUAAACCACCGACAUCGUAAAAUACUUUUGUUUCUCAGCUUUUACCAAUUGAAUUAGUUAUAUUAACAGCAUUAAAAUUUAACUCUAUGAAACAACAAAUUGUAUAUUUUUUUCUCUCAAAAUUCAUGGUUUAUAUUUGAACAUUCGACAUAUGAAGAUUUUCUGUGCAUCCCUUACUAUUUUUUCAAGUGUUUCUUUAUUAUCUGUUGACAUUUAAUUUUUGACGUCAAUAGUUUUUAAGUAUUGUAUUUGCUGUCAUUGUGUAUAUUAUUAAAAUUAGUGGUAUUAUUACUAUUUGUUGACUUAUUUUACAGUGUAUAAGUACAAUUUAAUGUACUUAACCGUGAACCACACAAUAAAAGAGAUGAUAGCAACCUCGAUGGUUAGAGACCCUAAAUGACAUGGCUCAAAAUUGUUUGCAAUGGCGCAGGUGCAUACACUCUUUGU